AUUAUAAGUAGACAUCCUGUAACAAUGCAUCGCACAAGCUGCAGUUGCUUCAAUGUUGGCUCAGCAAUCAAUGGGCUUGGAAGACAUUCUCUAGAAAGAUAGGUCAGCCCAUGGUCACAUUUUUCUUAGGAAUCAGCUUUGCCGCUCUUCCAGUCCGAUCAGAGCCUACUUAAAACAAAAUUGGAAAACACCAAAUUUGCACCACGAAGCAAAGAAGCGAUUCGCUAUCAAGUAUCAAUACAUGCAGGUACAAUAACAAUACCGAUCUAGUAUAUAUGCAGGUCAUGCGUGCAUACGUGCUCAGACAUAUAGACUAGCAUGCCUCCCAAGCAACUCCAACUCAGAGAUUGUAUGCAGCCUAUGCACGCACAGAUGCACGCCGAGUAUCAUUCCAUGCAUGCAUGCCUUGCUUCCCCGCUCAUGCAAGCAACAAGGAUACUAAGCACAUCACAUCACCCAUAUAUAUCUACGAACUUACUAGCUGCAUCGUCACAAUCUCUGAAGCUUAAUCUCAACUGCAUUUCGUCACAUGGCGUGCGGCUCUGCGACCAUGAAGAAGCUAAGGCAAUGCGCCGGCUGCGGUCUUCUCCUCGCGCUGCUGGUCAGCUUCGCGCGCCCGUGCCACUCCCUCUACCACCCCACGCCACCCGUCGUGGCCUACCACCACGGCGCGGUGCUGGACGGCGCCGUUCCAGUCUCCGUCCUCUACUACGGCACCUUCUCGCCGCACCAGAAGGCGAUUGUGGCCGACUUCUUGCUCUCCCUCUCCCCGCGUGGCAGCCGUCAAAACCGCUUCGGCGUGCCGGGGCCGGCGCCGCCGCCAUCGGUGGCGCAGUGGUGGGAGACGGUAGACCGGUACGUUCGCAAGGCCGGCAGGGAGCCGCCGCGGGUGCUGCUGGCCAGCCAGGUGAGCGACGAGGCGUGCUCGCUGGGUAAGUACCUCUCGCGGGCCCAGGUCGAGCACCUGGCGGCGCGGCUCGGCGUGGCGCCCGGAGGCGUGGCCGUCGUGCUCACAGCCGCCGACGUCGCCGUGGAGGGGUUCUGCAGCAGCGCGUGCGGGGCGCACGGCGCGUCCGCUCCGGGGGCCGCCGGGCACGUGUGGGUUGGCAACGCGGCCGUGCAGUGCCCGGGGCGGUGCGCGUGGCCGUUCCACACCGCGGAGGGCUUCGCCUACGGCCCAGGGCAACGGCGCGGGCGCGACGAGACGCUACGCGCGCCGAACGGCGACUUCAGCGUGGACGGCAUGGUGAUCAACCUGGCGGAGCUGCUGGCCGGCGCGGUGACAAACCCGUACGGGCACGGGUACUUCCAGGGCGACCCCAGCGCGCCGGUGGAGGUGGCGGCUGCGUGCCCGGGAGUCUACGGCCGCGGCGCGUACCCGGGGUACCCCGGCGCGGUGAGGCUGGACACGGCCACCGGCGCGGGGUACAACGUAGUGGGCAGGAACGGGAGGAAGUACCUCGUGCCGGCGCUGGUCGACCCCGACAACUACUCCUGCAUCAUCAUGGCGUAACCGCGCGAGUCGUCCAUCAGCUGAGGCUCGUUUGAUUUGUACGCGCUUGCGACAUGCGUGAAUUAGGAGUUGGGGCUUCAAAUGCUUGCUUGCUGCUAGCGCUUUAUUGCUGGUAUAUAUACGAUCUGGUGCUGAAUGUAAUUUGAUCACCACUGAUUUUAUAAGGACUUGUAUGUAUUUACCAUGAAUAAAAUUGUGCACCUAAA